UUUAGCCCUCAGAAGAAGCCAGAAUAACAGCGGCAGCACCAGCAGCGGCGAAAAAUCAGAUCCAGUGGCGAUUCGGUCCUUUUUACUCGAACAAAAUAAACCAUGCUGCUUCGUAAGGUCAGCCAGUCUUCCGCCGUUUGCGGAUCCAUUCUCAGGAAUCCUGCAGUGCUGUCAGGAAGCCAGCGUCAAGCCGCGGUGGUACUCGCUGUACCAAACGGUCGGCUCUACGCCAGUCAAGCUGCUCAGGCCGUGUUGGAGAAGCCUGCGGCGGUGGGCAGCGAUGCUGCGGCUAAAGCGGAAAAGAAGAGCGUCGCUGCUGAAUCUAAAUCAUUUGCUGUCAACAUGUUCAAAGGACAGAUCGCAACAUCUCAAGUGUUUCCUUUCCCUAAAGCGCUGAACGAGGAGCAAGAGCAGUUCCUCCAGGAGCUCGUGGGCCCAGUCAGCAAGUUUUUUGAGGAGGUGAACGAUCCGGCCAAGAACGACGAACUUGAGAAGGUGGAGGAUCACACCAUGGAGGGUCUGAAGGAGAUGGGGGCUUUCGGUCUGCAGGUUCCUGCUGACCUGGGCGGCCUCGGCCUCUCUAACACCCAGUACGCCCGUCUGGUUGAGAUCGUCGGCAGUCACGAUUUGGGAGUUGGCAUCACCCUGGGAGCUCACCAGUCCAUCGGCUUUAAGGGAAUUCUGCUGUUUGGAAACAAAGCCCAGAAGGAGAAGUACCUACCCAAACUCGCCACAGGUGAAACCAUCGCCGCCUUCUGCCUGACGGAGCCGGCCAGCGGCUCUGACGCCGCCUCCAUCAAGACCACCGCUGUGCUCUCGCCCUGCGGGAAAUUCUACACUAUGAAUGGCAGCAAGAUCUGGAUCAGCAAUGGGGGCUUGGCUGAGAUCUUCACAGUAUUUGCAAAGACUCCAAUGAAAGACCCUAAAACGGGAGAAAUGAAGGAUAAGAUCACAGCUUUCAUCGUGGAGAGGAGCUUUGGAGGCGUCUCACAUGGCCCACCGGAGAAGAAAAUGGGCAUCAAGGCAUCCAACACGGCUGAGGUGUACUUUGAGGACGUGCGCGUGCCGGUCGACUGCGUUCUGGGCGAAGUUGGCGGAGGCUUCAAGGUGGCCAUGAACAUCCUGAACAACGGCCGCUUCGGCAUGGCUGCGGCCCUCUCGGGCACCAUGAGAGGCGUCAUGACCAAAGCCAUCGAUCAUGCAGCCAACAGAACCCAGUUCGGGAACAAGAUCCACACCUACGGAGCCAUUCAGGAGAAGAUGGCCCGCAUGGCCAUGCUGCACUAUGUGACAGAGUCGAUGGCCUACAUGAUCAGCGGGAACAUGGACAGCGGAGCCACAGACUUCCAGAUAGAAGCUGCCAUCAGCAAGAUCUUCGCUUCUGAAGCAGCGUGGACCGUGACUGACGAGAGUAUUCAGGUCAUGGGAGGAAUGGGUUUUAUGAAGGGAUCUGGAGUGGAGCGGGUGAUGAGGGAUCUACGCAUUUUCCGAAUCUUUGAAGGCACCAACGACAUCCUGAGGCUCUUUGUGGCGCUCAAUGGCUUCCAGAAUGCAGGAAACCACCUGAAGAGCUUACAGAAGGCGCUGAAGAACCCCUUCGGAAAUGCUGGGCUGCUGACGGCAGAGAUCACAAAGAGAGCCAAAAGAAAGGCAGGUUUGAGCACAGGUUUGAGUCUGCAGGGAAGCAUCCAUCCUGACCUGGCACAAAGCGGCGAUCUGACGGUGAAAGCCAUCGAGCAGUUUGGAGCCGUCAUCGAGGAGCUGUUGGUCAAACACGGCAAGAAGAUCAUCGACGAGCAGUUUGUGUUAAAGCGGGUCGCUGACUGCGCCAUCGACCUCUACGCCAUGGUGGUCGUCCUCUCCAGGGCUUCUCGCUCUCUGAGUCAGAGCCAUCCCUCAGCUCAGCAUGAGAAGAUGCUGUGUGACACCUGGUGUAUGGAGGCUCAUGACAGGGUAAUGCGGGACAUAAAGCUCCUGCGCUCCGGUGAGUCCAAACGGCUCUUCAACAACAUGAGGUCCAUCUCUGCUGCGGUGGUGGAGAACGGAGGCGUGGUGUCUCCUCAUCCGCUGGGUUUCUAGAUCACCACCCACACCGUUUUGGUUUUCUUUUCUGUAUUUAACCAGGGUUUUAUUUCCCACACUUUUGCAUCUAAAUCAGAGCAUGACUGCCAAGUCCAGCCAGUUUCCAACCAAUUUAAAUAAAACCAUGUCUGCUCAGUCACAUCAGUGCCCUUUCUUUAAAUAUGUACAACUAAGCUGUGGAGCAUUGUAGCAUUAGCUACAGCUUUCUGAAUUCGAGCGUAUACCUCAAAAUGGAAAGUGUUUUCGUGGUUGAAGAUAUCUUUAGUCCUCAUGCUUGUGUCUAAAGCAGCAGAUAGUUGAAUACGUGCAGGGAGAUUGUAUAUAGACCAGCAGCUUUGUACCUUCAUGACUAUAGCUGACUGACCAGUAAUUCACUGCUGAAAAUGUGAAUAUAAGCAGUUCCUCUUGCUUUACACAACAUAAUCAAUGCAACUCAGAAAAUUACUGUUAAUAGGGAGGUUAUCUAAAAAAAAAAGGCAGUUCAGUCUGUGCACUAAGGCUUUUGAAGGGCAUAUUUUAACUUUUUGUUUCUAUUUUUUAUUUGUACACUUGCCUAAUUUGUGUUGAAAUGUAUUUAACAAUGUGCUUUGUAUGUACUUGGAUGCCUUUCUGCACGUUCAGCUCUUAUAAACACAAAUG